AUGUCGCCGGUAGGGAAACCUGGACGGUCGCCUCCCAGCCGCAACAGCGAAAAUGAGAAGAAGGGUGCAGGCUCGGUCGAUGACGAUAUUAAGCCAGACGAUGCCCAAGGUGGAAAGGGACCAUGGGCAGACAAGACAAGCUGGUUGCUCGACAGCAUAGCUUUCAGUGCGGCCAUUGCUGCGGACACUCUCCUCCCUAUAAUGGACUUGGUAUUUGAAAAGCUCGUGACUGCUUUUAACGGGUUUGCUGUUGGCACUAUUGGACCAGCUGGAUACCGUUUCCAAGUGAACAAUUACACCCUGUACUUCGUGUAUCUGUUCGUCGCCAAAUUUGCUCUUGUCUAUAUCCACUCCGUGUUAAUCUCGAUCGCCGCCAUUCGAGCCACAUGGGCACCCCGCAUCGACCUCAGCAAGCAUAUCCUUCGACAAAACAUAGCUUACUUCGAUUCAGAUGCUGCCGCGUCUGUAACCGUCCAAGCUACUACCAACGGCAACAGCGUCAAUGAUGACAUCUCAGAGAAGCUCACUCUUACCAUACAUGGUGUUUCCACCUUUGUCUCUGCCUUUAUUGUGGCCUUCAUCAUCCAGUGGAAGCUCACUUUGAUCACGAUUGGCAUUGUCCUCACCAUUUUUAUUGUGACAGGCAUUUGUGUUGGCAUUGACACGAAAAAUGGAGCACAGCUUCUCCCAAUCUAUUCUAAAGCUGGGUUAAUUGCAGAAAAGGUGUUUGCUACCGUUCGAACAGUUCACUCUUUCCGACUCAACCCGCUCUUAUCCAAAAGAUACGACAAGCUCCUCGGCGAUGCUAUGGAAGUAGGUAUGAAGAAGUCGCCAAAUCUCGCAGUACUGUUCUUACCUGAGUUGUUCUGUGUAUACUGCGGGUAUGGUCUGGCUUUCUGGCAAGGUAUUCGUCGAUACCAAAGCGGCGAGAUCAGUGAGGUUGGUGAUGUCUUCACCGUGACCAUUGCUGUUAUCUUUGCUGCGACAGCAAUGACUCAAAUCGCACCCCAGAUUCUUGCAUUGGAAGCUGGGUUCAGUCGUCGUCUUCGGAGAUUAGAGUUCAAGCUUGAAGAAGAAACAGGUGAACGAUUCGCGAGGAGUGCGGCUCUUGCUGCCGAAGCUGUCUCUGCUAUUCGCACGCUGUCUAGCCUGGCACUCGAGAAUUCUAUGAUGUUCUGGUAUUUCCUCUCACAAUCGGUAUCUUUUUUGGCCAUGGCACUAGGCUUUUGGUACGGCGGCCGCUUGAUCAGCUACUACGAGUAUACGAUAACAAAAUUCUUUACUAUGUUCAUUGCAGUGGUUUUCUCUGAAGAAGCUGCUGCCGCCUUCUUCUCGUACACCACCAGCUUGAUCAGGACAACGACAGCCGCCAACUAA